AUGCACCACACAACAGGCUACAAGAAAUCAGGAAAAAGUCUGGUUACAAAUUAUGUUGCUGUGAAAAGCUCAACCAGUGAUGCUGUUCACAUCUCUUGCCUUGAGCAUAAUGGAACAGACUGGAGGAAAAAUGAUUGUAAGAACCCUCAGCAUCCUUUGCGCUAUAUAAAUGAUGGACACCAGCAGCGUACCUUGGAAAAAUACAGAUCACACAUAGUAUGCCGGGAAAACACAGAAAGAGGUAAUCAGAAAGUUGAUGGUCGGUCGACACAAGCAAAUGGGGUUAAAUCAUCUCAGAACUUUCGGGUUGCUUUUGUGAAGGAUGCAACACAGGAAGUUGGGUCGGGGCAUGAAACGUGUGGCGAGACCUCUUCUGAGAGUUACAGUUCACCACCUAGCCCCCGCCAUAACAGGAGGGAGAGUUUUGAAAGUGAAGAAGAGAAAGACAGAGACACAGACAGCAAUUCAGAGGAUUCUGGCAAACAUGUUCCUGGAUUCCCAACUUUUGGUUCAGUAAAUACAUCAUCAGCCAAGUUAUCUGACCACCUUACUAGUAAUGAAGAAAGUAUUGAUGAACCCUUGAAUGGUCGCAACUUUACGCAGUUUCCUCUUUUGAAUACAUUGCACUCCAUGAUGGCAUCUAACAUAGAGAAGUUGGAGCCUGGGCAUCCACUUCCGACAGAAGGAAAAACUCUGGGUAUGAUAGUCAGCCCAGUUUCUAUUCCCCCUGUGAGAGAGGUUAUUCACCAGAGUUCCAUUGGAAUUGGUGUUGCCACUGUAGCCUCCACCAUAGGGGAGCCAGAGAAGUGCAUUGAUAUACUGAAAUCCUCAAUGCCUGUCCCUUCCACUUUUCUUCCAAGGAACUGUUCACCCAGCAGCCCCGCUUUGCAAAUGCCAGUUCACAGGCUGAAAGUACCAACUCAGGGGUCAGCAGAGGCUUGUACUGUUAAUGGAUCAACACAGACUAAUAUGGGUUUGGGAACUGCCAAUGCUGGAUUUAUUUCAUUUCACAACCAUGCGGGCUUUACAGCUUCUCCUGUGACUGCUUCAGAACCUCUCAGUAAACCAAUUUCACAAGUAGCAAGUCUUAAUCAGGUAGUGCCUCAUCUGGAUGGAAAUUUGGGGAUUGCAUCUCCGACUACCAAUGUGAAGUUGGUUCUUUCAAGCACUAACUUGACCCCAGCACCUUCAACAGUCCCGUACCCUCUUUCUGGACCAUCACUUCCAAGUGGAGUGUUACCUGCUCCUAACACCAAUGUGCUGAAUGCUGCUGCCUGCUGCUGCUCCUCAGCCAACUAAUAUUGGUAUAGGUCAGGUGCAGUCUGCCGUUCCCCUCACUGUUCCUACCCAUAGCCCUGGUCCUGCACCCAGUCCAAGCCCUGCGUUGACCCACAGUACUGCACAGAGUGAUAGCACUUCUUUCAUUAGUGCGGCAGUUGGUAAUACUAGCACAAAUGGCACGCUUUUAUCACCACAGCAAAUGGGCACUGGGGCAUGUGUCUCUUGUGGACGUCGAUGCAGUUGUGGAGUACCGAUGGGCAGUUACUAUUAUCCUAAUCCAAUCCCUGGACAGAUGUUCACUCGAGUUCCAUUUCCAUUUCCUAUGCCAUCAAUCUGCAAUAGCACCUACCUCAACCAAGCACACCAGAGCAAUGGAACACACUAUCCUGUCUUCCUGCAUCAGCCUCCCUAUAACAAUGGACUAAUGCAUGACCCUGUGCUUGGUGGCCAGGCCAACUAUGGCAUGCAGCAGAUGGCAGGGUUUGCUAGGUUGUACCCAAUUUACCCAGCAACCAAUGUAGUAGGCAACGCUAAUGGAUCGGUGGCUAAGAAAAAUGGCAAUAUCUCAUGCUUCAACUGUGGGGUAGCUGGUCAUUAUGCACAGGACUGUAAGCAACCACCUAUGGAGGCCAAUCAGCAAGGCACUUUCAGGCUGAGGUAUGCACCUCUCCCUAAUCCCUCUCAUGAUUCUUUGGAUUCUACUGACUGA